GAUCUUCUUGCGAUCCAUCUGCUCGGCCAGCGCAACCGCAUCUGCUGCAUCGGGUCCUUGUCGGCUGCUGCUGCUGUGUCGUGUCUGCCCUGGGCGUUAUCAGCACUGGCCUCCCCGCUCGCCUCGUUGUCCAUCGGCAUCCUCGCACAUCCGCACCGGCCGUCUCGAUUAUCUGCUCGCUUGUUGCGCAAUCUUUGGCUCGUUCCCACGCAUAAAGUCCCUGUGUUCCCCGCUCCCUCGCUGCUCGCUUUCUCCGGCCAUGGUCCUGCGUUCUUUCGGCUCGUCCUUCCCCUCCUCGUCCCCCGCCAUGACCGUCCCGUACUUCACCAACGGCUCCCAUCUGGAGCAGUCGCUCGUCGUCCAAAAGUUUGGCGGAACCAGUGUCGGCACCGCCGAGCGGAUGCUCAACGUCGCCAACAUUGUCAAGUCCACUCUGGAAAAGUCCCGGGUCGUAGUUGUGCUUUCUGCCAUGAGCAGCCUCAAGAAGAGCGAGGGCACCACCAGCCGGCUACUGGAAGCUGCGGACGAGGCCUUGAUUCCCGAGUCGGUUCGCUUCAACGACAUUGUCGACUUGAUCGAGUCCACGCAUCUGAAAUCCGUCGAGGAAUCCAUCGUCGGCGACUCCGAAGCGAUGGAGGCCCUGCGUGAAGAGGUCCGCGCCGAUAUCGCUGCCGAAUGCAGGAGACUCAAGUCGUUUCUGGAAGCCGCUUCGGUCAUCGGGGAGAUCUCGCCGAGAACGAAGGAUAUCGUCAUCAGCACGGGCGAGAAGCUUGCUGCUCGUCUCUUUGCCGGCGUGCUGAAGAGCCACGGCGUCAAAGCCGUCUAUGUGAACCUUGAGAAGCUCAUCAAUCGCUACUUUGACGAAAAGGCCAUCGACCAAAAGUUCUACGACUAUCUGGCCAUGCGUCUCAGCGAGGUUCUCCACAGCGCCGCCUCGGCAUACGAUGUCGUUCCUGUCGUCACCGGCUACCUCGGACCUGUCCCCGGAUCCAUCCUUACCACCAUCGGUCGCGGAUACACCGACCUGACAGCCGCCCUCAUUGCCGUUGGUCUGAGAGCGAGUGAGCUCCAGAUCUGGAAGGAGGUGGACGGCAUCUUCACCGCUGAUCCGCGCAAGGCGCCGCUGGCCCGACUCCUGCCUUCCAUUUCGCCCGCCGAGGCUGCCGAGUUGACCUACUACGGCUCCGAGGUCAUCCACCCCUUCACCAUGGAGCAGGUGAUCCGCGCCAAGAUCCCCAUCCGCAUCAAGAACACCUUUUCCCCCGAAGGCGAGGGCACCAUCAUUCUGCCAGAGGAGCAGGACGACGGCGCCGAUGCGGACGAGUUGCCCAUGUCGCCAUCGGGUCGCAUCCGCAUGCCGCCCCCGCGCCAUCCUACGGCCGUUACCAUCAAGGACCACGUCACCGUCGUCAACGUUCAUUCCAACCGCAAGUCGGUCUCGCAUGGCUUCUUUGCGCAGAUCUUCAUGACCCUGGAUCGCAACGGCAUCGUCGUCGAUCUCAUCUCUACCUCGGAGGUGCACAUCUCCAUGGCGCUGUCGCCCAACGUGCGCGAAUACAAGCUCGAACAGGCCCUGACGGAGCUGCGCAAGUACGGCGAGGUCGAUGUCAUUCCGGAUCUGUGCAUUGUGUCGCUGGUUGGCCGACAGAUGCGCAACAUGGUCGGCGCCAGUGCCAAGAUGUUCUCGACCCUGGCCAAGAACAAGGUCAACAUCGAAAUGAUUUCGCAGGGAGCCAGUGAAAUCAACAUCUCGUGUGUCGUGUCCAUGGAGCACGCCCAGGUGGCCCUGAAGGCCAUCCACGAUGACUGCAUCCUGGCUAGCAUGCUCCUGGCCGAGGAAGAGGAGCACGCGCGGCUGGGCAAGAUCAUCCCGGCCCUCAGCGUCGUCGAUUCGGCGUGCGCGCUGGCUUCGGAAGAGGGCUCCGAGCAGUAGCGGCGAGCAAGUGGAUGAGCCUGCUGAAGCCGAUCAAGGAUCUGCUUUGUCCCCGGGUGGUGCUGACCCCAAGUUCGUUUUGCAUACUCCACCGCCCACACCUGCCAUGACGGCACAUUUGUACAACUGCAGCACUUCCCCUACCCACCUACCCACCCACAACACACCACGCACGGGCCCCCAACGACUCACGACCAUCACUUGCAUGAGAUGCGACGCUCCUCACGAAUACAUGCUCCACCGGCAUCCCGCCAUCCUCCCUG